UGCCCGCCUAAACCACUACAUAAGAUAGAGCCGUGUCGAAUUUUUAAAACUUAGGAACACGAGAGUAUCUGAAAAUGGCGGUGGCGAAAUCCGCUUGCCUUAACCACAUAUCCAGAGAAUCCUCUGACAUUAGACGCCUUGCUAAUUUCUACAAAGAGAUCUUUGGGUUCGAGGAGAUUGAGAGCCCAGAUUUCGGGGAGUUCAAGGUAAUAUGGUUGAAUCUUCCGGGAUCUUUUCCCAUGCAUUUAAUUGAAAGGAACCCACUCACGAAACUUCCCGAAGGUCCGUACAGUUCCACGGCGGCCGUUGCUGACCCUAGUAAUCUUCCUAGAGGUCAUCAUAUUUGCUUCACCGUUUCCAAUUUCGAUUCUUUUGUUCAGUCUCUCAAGGAUAAAGGAAUUCAGACUUUUCAGAGGUCCCUCCCCAAUGGGAAAGUGAGGCAGAUCUUCUUUUUUGAUCCAGAUGGUAAUGGAUUGGAGGUUGCCAGUAGGGAAGCUCCAUGAUUAGGAUGGAUGAACAUGGAAAUUUGUAUGUAAAAACAAAUGGAUGAUUUAGCUAAAUAAUAAAAAGGGUACCGAAUUUCUCUAUCAUUCUGUUGUAAGUGUAAUGUAAUAUUUGCAUGAGAUUGUCUUCCUCCUAAUAAGCAUCAGUUGGCAUUUCCAUGAUAAUAA